GACAUGCCGCCCGCGCUGCUGGGCGAGUUCUGCGCUGUGCUGGACAGCUGCGACGGCGCGCUCGGCUGGCGCGGCCUCGCGGAGCGACUUUCAAGCAGCUGGCUGGAUGUUCGUCACAUUGAAAGAUAUGUAGACCAGGGUAAAAGUGGAACAAGAGAAUUACUUUGGUCCUGGGCACAGAAAAACAAGACUAUUGGUGACCUUUUACAGAUUCUCCAGGAGAUGGGGCAUCAUCGAGCUAUCCAUUUAAUUGCAACUUAUGGGGCAGCCUUGAAUCCUUCAGAGCAGAGUCAUCAGGGAAAAGGAUUUCCGAUCAUGUUAUCCAAGGAAACAGCUAGUGUCACAGUGGAUAAUGUUCUUAUUCCUGAACAUAAUGAAAAAGGCAUAUUGUUUAAAUCCUCCAUCAGCUUUCACAACGUCAUAGAAGGAACCAAAAGUUUCCACAAAGACUUUUUAAUCGGAGAAGGGGAAAUUUUUGAGGUAUACAGAGUGGAAAUCCAAAACCGAACAUAUGCCAUUAAAUUAUUUAAACAGGGGGAAAAAAUGCAAUGUAAGAAACAAUGGAAGAGCUUUUUAUCUGAGCUUGAAGUUUUACUGCUGUUCCAACAUCCAAACAUAUUGGAGUUGGCUGCAUAUUUUACAGAGAGUGAGAAGUUUUGCCUGGUUUAUCCGUAUAUGAGAAAUGGAUCACUUUUUGACAGAUUACAGUGUGUAGGUGACACAGCCCCACUCUCUUGGCACCUUCGAAUCAGUAUAUUAAUAGGAACAACCAAAGCCGUUCAGUACUUGCACAGCACGGAACCGUGCUCCGUCAUCUGUGGCAGUAUAUCAAGUGCAAACAUACUUCUGGAUGAUCAGUUUCAACCCAAACUAACUGAUUUUGCCAUGGCACACAUCCGGCCCCACCUAGAACCUCAGAGCUCUGUCAUAAGCAUGACCAGCAGCAGCAGUAAGCAUUUGUGGUACAUGCCAGAAGAGUAUAUCAGACAGGGCAAACUUUCUGUUAAAACAGACGUCUACAGCUUUGGAAUUGUAAUAAUGGAAGUUCUGACAGGUUGUAAAGUGGUGUUAGAUGAGCCAAAGCAUAUCCAGCUGAGGGAUCUCCUUAUAGAAUUGCUGGAGAAGAGAGGCCUCGAUUCAUGUAUCUCAUUUCUAGAUAAGAAAGUACAUCCCUGUCCUCGGAAUUUUUCCGCCAAGCUGUUCUCUUUGGCAGGCCGGUGUGCUGCAACACGGGCAAAAUUAAGACCCUCGAUGGAUGAAGUCCUAACUGUUCUUGAAAGUACUCAAGCCAGCUUGUAUUUUGCGGAAGAUCCUCCCACAUCCUUGAAGUCCUUCAGGAGCCCUUCUCCUCUGUUCCUCGAUAAUGUACCAAGUAUUCCAGUGGAAGAUGAUGAAAACCAGAAUAAUCCAUCGCUGCCUCAUGAUAAAGGUUGGAGAAAAGGGAGAACGACUCAGAAAACUCCCUUUGAAUGCAGCCAGUCUGAGGUUACAUUCCUGGGCUUUGACAGAAAGACAGGGAGUGGGAGGAAUGAGGGCACUUGCAAUGUGCCCAGUUCUGCUUGUGAAGAAAGUUGGUCUCCAAAGCAUGCAGCUCCAUCCCAGGACUUGAGGGCCUCUGGUGUGAAUGUGGACCCUUCUGCAGAAGUUCCAGGGCACUCCUACAGGAGCAUGCCAGUGGAGGCUAGCAGUUCCUCUGAAUUUUCCUGGAUUGAAUGUGAACAGUACAAAAAGGCAUCAGUUUCACCAGAAGAUAAAGAAGAAAGCAAGUAUUGCUGAGGCACCUGAGUACAGGUCUCAUCUUGGGAAGACAUUGUCUUUAUUGGUAGCGCCAAGAGGACGAUUGAUGGUGAAUUUGGGUAGUGCAGAUCAAUGAUCGGAACAAUUCUAUUCCAUUCCUUCCAACUUGUAGAACAGAGUGGCUUAAAGUUUUGUUUUAGCACGAUCAUUGCCUCAUGAUCAAACCUGGACUAAAUUAGAACCAUUCAGAAUUACUUAAGAUCGUAGACUCUGACUUCAGACAAACAAAACAAUCAAAACCUACCAAAAUGGAAGUGGAUUCCAGUGUCUUUGCCAUCAACAUCCACGUGAAUCCUCAGAGCCUCCAGUCUGCCAAGUACAUUCAGUUCAGUUGGAUUCCAUUGUUUUGGUUUAGCUUGCUUGCGAAGGUCGUCAGAAACGUCUAACUUGUAACUGUUAAUAGAUACCAUACCUUUUUAAAGAA